AUGUCGGCCCCGAGUCAAUCCAAGAUGCUGGUUGUGCCGCCGGCGCUGAACCUGCGCCGAGCUGGCUCUUACAACGCUCAGGAUCGUGGGCCUCUUUCUUCUACCACUUCAAGAUUCAGCUUCAACCACCUUCUCUUCUCUCCGCCACCUUCGCCAGCUCUUCCUGCGCUUGUGCCUCGACCCCCGAAGAGGACUUCGAGCCAGAUCCUGGUGACUCGGCCGAGCCGAGUGUUUCGACGACUCUUCCUCCUCGGAGCGCUGCUUUCGAUUAUCUACGUCAUGGGACUGGCCUUCCAGAACCCCGAUGUCAUUCCCGCCGCCGUUUGGCCUUACUUUGGCCAGGAGGAGUUUGAAAUGGUUGGACAAUACGAUCUGCCCGACUUCCCAACUCCUAUCCUCAUCAGUGACAACAAGGGCCGCUCCAAGUGGACUAUUUCUAUUCCUCCAAAGCAUGAUUUCCCCCUGACCAUGGAACAAUACGCCGAGAUGGGUAGCCAGUGCAGAGAAGUGUCUUCGCGAGCCCGAGACCUCCACCGUAAGGCUCCUAUAACCGAGCAGGAGAUCGUGAACUAUGAUGCCCGAGACGACUACUUUGUCGACAUUUACGAGGCUGAGAGGUCCGGUCUGUUGCCACCCGGCAAGGGAAUGCGGACCAGGGGCAAGGGCAAGUUCGUUGGGUUGGAUAAGAAGCACAUGAAGUAUAAGCCUGUUUGUGAGAGCUCCAUGACUUUUGUACUUGAGACUUCCGAUGCCGGUCUUGGGAACACGCUCAUGAUGCUGUGGACUUUCUACGGACUCGCCAAGCAGCAAGGCCGAGACUUUUUCAUCGUCGACUCCCGCUGGGCUUAUGGUCCCUACACUGAGAUCUUUGAUGCCCCUCCUGUUCCCGAUUGCCGACCGCCUCCACGACACCACAUGGUUCCUUGCCCCUUCCAGGCCCGUCACCUAGUCGUCUCGGCGGCUACAGCAAGGGAAGUCUUCCCCGCGCUGUUGGCCAAGCACCACCGUAUUGCCGGCACCGACAACCCCGUCAAGGACCUCUUCCAACUGGCACGCACUGGAUUCGAGGAUCUUUUCUCCUUGAGCGAGGAUGACCAGGCUUAUGUCGAUAACCGUAUAGUUGGUCUUCAGGCCAAGGCCAAGAUGGGAGACACACUCACCACUCGUGCACCCAUUGUCGGUCUUCACAUUCGCCAUGGUGACCAGCAUCCGCUCGAGUUUCAGUAUCGCGACAACUACAUCCCAGCCGAAGUUUUCCUCAAGCAGGUGGAACAGUUUGUGGACGAACACUACAACGCAUCCGAACUCGAGGAUCCCAAGCAGCGUCACUACAUCACCCUUCUUGCUUCUGACGACCCAACAGUGCGGGAAGAGCCCCAGUUUUCAAACGUCAUCCUCUCUCAGGACCGAAUCCGCCUGGCCUCGAAGGGAGCCAUCGACCAGGCGCACGGCAGCUCGGAGCUGCUCCACAACUUUGUUGAAAAGACGUUUGGCUGGGAGGGCGGAUUCUUUGCCGCCAUGUUCUGGAACCUGGGCGUUGACAGCAAGAACAAUGCUGCCGAAGCCCCUGCUGGAGUCAACGUUCAGGGCGUGAACGAAGAAGCCAGACACAUGGCGCCACCAUCAGAGGAAACGCUGAGAUUGCGAAGCCUCAUUGGGCGUGCGUACAUGAUGGACCUUGCUGUGCUCUCCGAGUCCAGCGACAAGAUUGUGUGCGCAGUGAGUGCCAUGGGAUGCCGCCUGCUGGCCGUCAUGAUGGGAUGGGAGGACGGCAUGGAGAAGGGUGGCUGGAAGAACGUGGAUGGAUCGUAUGGGUGGACUGGCAUUGACUGGUGA